CGCCGCUGCCGCCGACGUCGGUCUUUAGUUAGAUCCUCCCGGCUGUUUCUUCCUGCAGCCAGUUUACGUUUGGCGGUCGUUCGAGAUGGAUGUAAUCGUGAACAAUAACGUGUCACCGGUGACCGUUCCCGUCGCUGCAGUCGCUCCGUCGUCGUCCGGAACCACUUCCGGCAAGGUGGCCAACGGUAACGGUGUCCCGGCGUCGGCCAUUCCGCCGUCCUCGGCGGCCCGGUCGCUGCGAGUGCGCACUUCGAGCCAAAGCGGCAAGUACAACGAGUUUGCCGUGCUUAAUGAGAUCCAGCUCUGCCCGUCGGUCAUGUCCGAGGACACCCGGAAGAUGCUGCCACCGACGACGGAGACGAUCCAGUGCAAACCGUUCCCGAUUCGAGGGGAGCGUGCCAACUAUGUAAACAGUCCACAUGUCAUCGCGAUGGUCGGGUUGCCAGCGCGCGGGAAAACCUACAUCUCGAAGAAGCUGUCGCGCUACCUGAACUGGAUCGGCAUCAACACGAAGGUGUUCAACCUGGGCGAGUACCGGCGGCACGCGACCGACGCGUACCGCAGCCACGAGUUUUUCCGGCCCGACAACGAGAAGGCGAUGGCCAUCCGGCAGCACUGCGCCGAGAUGGCACUGGAGGACGUGUGCCAGUGGCUGGAGAACGGCGGGGAGGUGGCGGUGUUUGACGCGACCAACUCCACCCGCGAGCGGCGCCGCAUGAUCCGGGAGAUUAUCGUGCACAAGAUGGGCUACAAGCUGUUCUUCGUCGAGUCCGUCUGCGAUGACCCGCAGAUCAUCGAGCAAAACAUCAUGAUGAAACUGAGUGUCCUGUCUGACUUGUCUUCGUUGAACGAUUCCGCCGAGGAAGUCAAGGUGAGCAGCCCGGACUACCGGAACAUGAACAUGGAGCAAGCGCUGUCGGACUUCCGGCUGCGCAUCGAGCACUACCAGGAGCGCUACGAGAUGCUCGAGGAGGACACCGAGAAGGAGCUGUCGUACAUGAAGAUCUUCAACACCGGCGAGAAGGUGGUGGUCCACAAGCACGAGGGCCACAUCCAGUCGCGGAUCGUGUACUACCUGAUGAACAUCCACAUCACGCCGCGGACCAUCUAUCUGACACGGCACGGUGAGAGCGAACAUAACCUCAAGGGGUUGAUCGGAGGCGAUUCGAACCUGAGCGACCGUGGCCGUCGGUACUCCCAAGCGCUGGCCAAGUACAUCGAGGAGCAGCAGAUCGAGGGUCUCCGGGUGUGGACUUCGUGGCUCAAGCGCACCAUCCAGACCGUCGCGGACGUGAACGCGCCCCAGGAGCGCUGGAAGGCCCUGAACGAAAUCGAUGCCGGAACCUGCGAGGAGAUGACGUACGAGGACAUCCAGGCCAAGUUCCCGGUGGAGUUCAAGGCGCGGGAUCAGAACAAGUUCGCCUAUCGGUACCCGCGUGGGGAAAGCUACGAAGACCUGGUGGUCCGGCUGGAACCGGUCAUGAUGGAGCUGGAGCGGCAGGGCAACGUGCUGGUCGUGUCCCACCAGGCCGUGCUGCGGUGCGUGCUGGCGUACUUCCUGGACAAGACGGCCGAUGAGUUGCCGUACCUGAAGGUGCCGCUGCACACGGUCAUCAAGCUGACGCCGGUCGCGUACGGCUGCAAGGUGGAGCACAUCAAGCUGCCGAUCGAUGCGGUGGACACGCACCGGGCCAAGCCGGAGGUUCCCGGCUCCUUGGAUUCCAAGUUUGUCACGAAAGGGUCGACAGACUAAAACAAUCGCAACGUGGAUCAUGCAGCGCAGCGCAGUUGGCCAUGACGUGCCGUGUCCUCAGUUUCUUAUUAUACGUUCUUUAAUUGUUUUAUGUUUCUUUGUUGGCAAAACCAAGUUUUGUCGACUUUUUCUCCCCCUUUUUCGCGAAACUUUCCAUUAGUGUUACAAUUUACAUUGUUUUUUUUUGUGUCCUUUCUGUUUUAUGUAGCAUUUAUUUUAAAAUCGAAAAUAUAUAUUUAAAAUUUUAAAAACUAUUGCACAUCAACCAACAAACACAAACAAAACUCUUCAAGAGACUUAAUUCUUCCCAUCCCAAGAGAGAUGAUCAUUUUUCGUACUCGUGGCGAGACUGUAGAGUUUUAGAGGUGAUGUACAUAUUUUUACAAUCUCAAGAAGUUUUAUUUUGUACUCUGAAAGAAACAAAACGAACAAACAAUUUAGCCCCAAUUAGUGGAAAAAUAAUAAAAUGAUGAGAUACGCAUUAAACGUAAAACCUUAAACAAAUAUUUGUCUACAAAUAACUCAAUGCAGAGAUCAGAAAUUUAAAGAGAAAAAUAAAACAAACAAAUAAAGACCAUAAUUAGAGUGUAAGAAAUAGUUUCUACUUUUGUAAGCCAAAAGCAAACUGGUACUCUACACAUAAAAAAAGUAAAAUCAAAUGAAAUAAUAUAAAAUAUACACACACGUAGCUGUCGUAGCAUGAGAGUAAUAAGAGAACAAUUAAGAAUAAAAACAGGAAACUCGAGAGAUCAAAUCUCGAGAGGCGAACAAAAAACAAACAUCCAA